CACUGACUUUUAUCUGUAUUGAGUUUGUGGGUUGAAUGAUUUCGAAUUUUCGUCUGUUUUCGAAUUACGUCAUGCCCAUGGCCCAGAAUACGAAUACACCAAAAAAGGGAAAUUUAAUAAAUAAUUGUGUUCAUUCUUGAUGCUAUGUUUUUCUUAAUAUAAAUAAUCAUGAUAAAAUCUCAUGUCUAAAUUUACUGAUAUUGAUAAAGUUGGCGAAAGCCUUCGUAACUUGAUAGACAACAAUCGAUGUGGCAUUUGUGACAAAUUAGGUAGCGUCUAUUGGAGAUGUAUUCAUGGUCAUAUAGUAUGUAACGAAUGCUGUUCUAAAGAAGAAGGCUGCCUUACUUGUUUCACUAUAUUCAACUCACCAGUUGUCCACAAUACUUGGGUGAUUGACAAAUUGCAAUCAGAUAAAGUUAAAAAUGCACUCAACCUUUUGAAUACAUUCCAAGAUGCUUUUAAAACUGAUGUUUACAAAAGGCAGAGGCUGUCUGACCAAUUGAAAGUUGAAAAAGAAUUGUUCCCAGAUUGUAUACAAGCUCCAGUAAAAUAUAGUAAUAAGAGAAAAUCUCUAAAAUCAUCUUUUUUUGGGAAAAAUAAGGAGAACAGUCAACAGCCUUUUUAUCCUGGUGAACAGAUAUCUUCAUUGAAGACAGUGAAAAUGAAAAAGUCUAAUUAUGUUCAGCAGUGGUUAGAGAGCAAUUCUACUAAAUCUCGUAAACCAUUUUCAAAUAUAAAUGUCAAUAAUCAGACAUUUUCAAGUGGAGCUGUACAAGAUGUAAGAAAAAAGAGUUCCAUUAAGUCUAUUGCAGUAAAAAACAAGUUUCUGAAUGAGUCAAAACAACUCACUAAAACUGAUAAAAAUCGAAAAGUUGGUGCUAAUACGCAUUCGGACAAAAAUUUACAAAGUUUUUUUAAAUCUUACAAAGAAAAUGUGAAUACUGAGUACACUGUUAAAGAUUAUUUGCGGCUAAAGAAUACAAGCAAAGUUGGAUGGAAGGAUGAUAGUGGUAUUGUUAUGGAUGAAGAGUGUAUCACCAUAGAGGACACUCCGACUGAGAUAAUUGAUAAAGAUGAGCUAGCCUUGCGAGCUGUGCAUGAAGCUGAAAAGAAUGAACACUCAGACUAUUCAACAAAUGAUAAUGUAGAGAGUAGAUAUACAAGUAAAAUUAAAGAUAAGAUAAAGGUAGUGUAUAAAAAACGGAGUUUACUUUAUUUAUCAUGCCCUAAUUGCAGUUCACAUGCUCAAAAUCAUAAAACUAGUAAUAUAUCUAUUGCAAUUGAAUAUGGCUCUAGCAAUGAAGCAAAUGUUAAUAAGAAAUCAGUUGCUGUUCAAACAGACAUAAGUGAAAUAUUUGACACUAUUACCUCUGUUGAACUAGAUAAGAAUAAUGAUGAACUCUUGACACAAAAAACCACUUCAGAGGAAGAUUUCGUUCUUGGGAGUCAAGAUGUUUUUAUGGAUGACUUGGAAAUAUUUAACGAAAAUAAGAAAAAUGAUUUAUCACAAAAUACAAAAAAAAUACAGGUUAUAGAUGAAUCUGACACUGAUGUUGAGUCAGAGCAUUUGCAAGUAGCAGUUGAGGUUCACAGAGCAUGUCUACCAAAGGAUUACGAAAUUCUGUCGCAACUACCAUUAUCCGAGAUGAUGAACAGGAAAAGGCGGGCGCAACGUGGAGCGACGCCCGGCAGCUCCGACUCGUCAGAAAAGGAGAAUUUAGAUCCCAAUAGAAUCAAAAGAUCUAAAUAUACAAAAAAGGGUAAAAAGAAACCCAAAAAAUCCUGAGGGUUGAUUUUUUUCAAAUGUAAUUCAAUUAAUUUAUUGAUAAGUAAUAAGUACAUUGUAUUCUAUUAUAACCUAUAUGUCAAAUUACACAGAUAUACAAUUACAAUUAACAAUACAUUAA